UUCACGAUGACUGUUUUGCAUCGCAAUCUAUUUUGCCCACCAACUACAACAGAUGAAGAAAAAGAUCUCGCUAUUCAAAAGAGGAUACGGCAGUUGAAUUGGGUGAAUGCUAAACACCUUGACUGCCGUAUUAAUGAAACAAGUGAGGAAGUUCGUGAUCUAGUUUAUACCUCCAUUACAGAUCUCCUGGGAAUGGAUUCUGAAAAGGCACCCCAAGACAAACUACAAGCAGUUGUGAAAUGCUGUCGCAAUAUAUUUUUGUUGUUACAAUCAUCUGUUGGAGGACCAGCAAGUGCUGAUGAGUUCCUGCCAGCCCUUAUCUUUAUAGUGUUAAAAGCAAAUCCUGCUCGUUUAAAGAGUAAUAUUAAUUUUGUCACACGAUUUUGCAAUGCAAGUCGUUUGAUGACAGGGGAAGGUGGUUACUACUUUACAAACUUGUGCUGUGCUGUAUCAUUUAUUGAAAACAUGACUGCACAGUCCUUAAAUUUACCCGAACUUGAGUUUGAACAGUACAUGUCUGGUGAAGUUGUACCUACAAGUACGUGGGAUUCAGCACUCAUGAUGUAUGAGGGUAUUUCAUUGAUGUAUGAACAUAUUGCUGCGCUGGAUGACAUGCACAAACGUGCUGAUUCAGUUCUUGAAGGUACUCAGUUACUUCAGAAUACAAUGAAAAAGUUUGUGUUUGAAAUGAAAUUAAAUGUUGAGGAUAUUUUAGCUAGAACCCAAAUUACACUUAAUAGUUCUGAAAAGGUACCUACAGACAUAGACACAGAGAACCCAUUAUCUGAACUACUUCCUCCUCCAAUCACGCCUCAGGUCAUUGCAGGUGGAUCCCAAAAGCUGACAAGUUUUUUGGCUUCAGAGAAAGAAGCUUUGAAUCUACCUGGCAUCACUAAAUAUGCAUUCCCAUCAGAUUCUGAAUUAGAUGCUCUAGGAACUGACAGCACACCAGGUGAUGGGGUGUUACCACUUCCCAUUUCAGAUUCGCAGGAGUUUCUUCUCACACCGUCAUCGACGUAUGGCUUCUCUUCCCUUGAUGAACUGGCCACUCCCGAUGAGCUGUGUGCAGCGCAGGCUAGCCUUAAUUUUGUCCAAGGCUUGUCAGCUGUUAAUUAUGACAUUGAUAUUUCUGACACUUGCUCAGAUAGCAGUGCAGGACUGUCUCCUCAUCCAUCUUUUGUUUCAAUGCCAGAGCAGAAGGAAAAUAGCUCAUGCAUACCACAAGAAACUGGACCUGCUUCUUUGCUUGACACUUCAGAAUCGCCAACAUCGAAAUUGUUGUUACCCUCUCCCAUGAAGCCUGUCAUUCCUGGCCCAGGAGGUGACUCGGGUGAGGGAAGUUCACCUCCAGUAGUAAGUUUGACCACUGCUCAUAGUCAUAGUGAAGAAGAAUCAGAACUGAAAACAGUAGAUCCAACUGUUGGUGUUUCAUCUCUCACAUCAAACUCCGAGUAUCAAGGGUUUACAGCUCAGGGAUGGAAAAUCCAGAGUAUUCCAUGUGAUACUGGACCUUCUGAUCUCAACUCCAAUAAGAAAUCCAAGGGGGACCCAGCUAAUUAAUCACUUGACAUAAUUGUGAUCUAGAUAGAUAUUUCAGCUUAAUGACCUACUUUUCAGCCCUUGUUAGCUUUUAUGUACUAUAUGUAGCUUGUGUAAGGGCUAGGUCACAAUAAUAGUGAUGCAUUAUUGCCUACCUUAGGCGCCAUGGCGGCAAUGGUUAAACUUAGUAGGGAACCCCACGUCUCCACAUGCUGCUGUUUAAACAAAUUUGAAGAAAAUUUAUUUUGAUUAUGUCUAGAAAAGAUAUUGGAAGCUCAUGAAAUGUAUGCAGCUAAAGCUUGUGAUUGAACAGGGAAUUUUGGAUGUAAAUUUGUGUUGACUCAUUACAAAUCUUAUGGUAGCUCCUAAUGUUUUAUUAUGUUAUAAUUGAGUUUAUGAACAAAUUACAACUUUCACAUGAUUAAAAUAAAAAUAAUUCAUGUUA